AGAAACCAAAAGAUAUAAUAUUUGAAGAAGAUUUAACAAGUGAAGAAAAAAAAAAGAUUCAUACAAAAGAAAAUAUUAUAUUUGAAGAACAAGGUAUUGUUAAUCUUGGAAACACAUGUUAUUUUAAUGCGGUAUUACAAUUUUUAACAUCUUUUGAUGAUUUAGGAAAUUUUCUUAGAAGCUAUAAAUCAAAAGAAAGUAAAUUAAUUAAGACAAAUAAAGAUAUAUUAUUUGAUUCUUUUAUAGAAUUUUCUCAGUCAUUUGAGAAAUCAUCAGAACCAUAUGUUCCUGUAACAUUGUUAAAAUCUUUUAGAGAUGUAUAUCCAAAAUUUAAAAGUGUUAAUUUAAGAACAAAACAAUAUGCCCAACAAGAUGCUGAGGAAUGUAUGAAUGCAAUUUUAACUUGUUUAAAUGAACAAACGGAUAAUAAAAUUAUUGACAAAUUAUUUUCGUUUGAAAUUAUUAGUAAUAUGAAAUUUGUGCAAACUGUUGAAGAACAUGAACAAAAAGAAAAGAAAGAUGAAAAAAAGGAAGAAAUCAAAAAUGAAAAUAUUACAAGUAAUAAUAAUAAUAAUAAUAAUAAUAAUAAUAAUAAUAGUAGUAAUAAUAAUAGUAGUAAUAGUAGUAAUAAUAAUAGUGUACAUCAAAAUGAGCCUAAUAAUAAAGAUAUAUCCUAUAACAAUAUUGUUGAAACUACACAAGAAUUUAAUAAUAAACUAAUAUGCUAUAUGGGUACACCUAAUACACCCGUAAAUCAUCUACAUGAAGGUAUACGGUUAUCAUUACAUGAGAAAAUACGAAAAAAUAGAAAUGAAGAUAAUAAGGAAUGUAUAUAUGAAAAAACGUCAGAAAUCAAUUCCUUACCUCCUUAUUUAAUUGUACAUUUCUUACGAUUUGAAUCCAAAAAAAUUGUAGAAUCAAAUAAUAGUGGGGUGUCAGUUGUUACAGCCAAAAUUUGUAAAAAAGUCUCAUUUCCUGAUACUUUUGAUAUGUAUGAUUUCUGUUCAGAAAAAAUUAAAGAGGAACUAAAAAUUGCCAGAGAUCUCAUUAUGAAAAGAAAAGAUAAAGAAACUUCUUUAUCGGCUCAAAAGGAACAUAUACAAAAUAUAGAACAAAAUAAUAUGAACAAUCAAUACAAUCAAAACAACUCUAAUGAUAAGCCCAAUGUACAGGAACAUACAAACCAAAUAAAUAAAAAAGAACUUAUUGAACUACCUACAGGAGAAUAUGAACUUAUUUCGGUAAUUACACAUAAAGGGAGAAAUGAAGAAAGUGGUCAUUAUAUUGCUUGGAAAAAAAUGAAAAAAUUUAUUUCUUCAAAUUGUAACAUAGAUCAAAAUGAAUCAAGUAAUAAAAAAAAUAAAAAUGCAAAUGAUUCUUUAUGGUUAAAAAUGGAUGAUGAUAAAGUCAGCACUCAUAAAUUCUCUUCCAUUGAUUUCUAUGGAGGAUGUAGUGAUUACAAUAUCGCCGUCUUAUUGUUAUAUAAGAGAAAAAAUAUAUCAUGUACAGCGGAUGAAAUAAGUAUGCAUAUAAAAGAAUAA